GGACACCAAGAAGCUCUCUCCCAUUGGCUCAGAUCAUUGACCAAGCUUGUCCAGAGGCAGAAGCUUUACAAGGAUGCUGGAGUUGAUGGCUGAUAGUAGAGAACACGCAUGAUCUUCCUUACCCGGCGUGUCCUGGGCCUGAAGUGGCUGCAGCGAUGACCGUCCCCGGCGCUGCGGUGAGGCAGACGUGCCGUCUCCUGCUGGGGCUCCAGGCCCUGGCUGCUGCCAACCAACAGGCCAGAGCGGUCGCUCUUGCUGCAGGUCUUGAUUUUAUCCAGGCUGAAGGGUUUGUGUUUGCUCAUGUGGCUGAUGAAGGGAUGAUAAAUGCCUGUGCAGGUGACCUACUACGAUACAGAAAACAAGUUGAAGCAGAGAACAUUCAGAUUUUUGCUGAUAUUAGAAAGAAGCAUAG